AAGACGGACAGACAUAAGUAGAGCAUCUGAAUCAGGAAAUCUAUAGGCACUUAUAUAAUAAUCGCAUCUUCCAGAACAACAGACGAAGCCACUUAACGUAGCACAUUUAUAGUUCGUUAACUUUGAUAUUCGUAUUUAAGAAGAGGAAAAAGUUUUCUCCGGAUUCUCUACUAUGCCACGGAAGAAGGUGACAGAUGUGUCUGGCAAUGGUGGAGUGAAAAGAAAAAGAGGUGGUGGAAAGAAGAAGGAGCGAGAGUUUAGUAGUGAUGAUGAGUUUGAUGACUUUGAACAGGAAAACACCAAGAAACCAGGAAAGCCAGCAACUAAAGCAGGUCUGCAGCCAGUCACUGUGGCUGAUGAUGUAAAGGAGAAGAUUAAACUUGAGGUUCCCAAAGUCAAAGGUCAACUGCGUUUUGGAGCCACCAACUGGGACUUGAUUGGCAGAAAAGAAGUACCAAAACAGCAAGCUGCUUACCGGAACCUUGGGCAGAAUUUGUGGGGGCCCCACCGCUACGGAUGUCUCGAUGUCCAGGUUAGCUGUGUGGUGUCUGGACCCUGUGCUGCCCACAGUCUCCUCAUCACUACAGAGGGCAAACUCUGGAGCUGGGGUCGCAAUGAAAAGGGACAGUUGGGGCAUGGGGACACUAAACGAUUGGAGGCUCCAAAAUUAGUGGAAGGACUGGGGGAAGAAGUGAUUGUAGCUGCUGCCUGUGGUCGGAACCACACCUUGGCUCUAACUGAAAAUGGUACUGUGUUCUCAUUUGGUGAAAAUAAAUUGGGGCAACUCGGUCAGGGCAAUCAGACAGAUGCUGUUCUCAGCCCAGCCGCAAUCCAGUACAAUGGGCAGCCAAUAGUUAAAGUCUCCUGUGGUGCAGAGUUUAGUAUGAUAGUGGACUGUAAGGGGAACAUUUAUUCUUUUGGUUGCCCGGAAUAUGGCCAGCUUGGGCAUAACUCCGAUGGAAAGUUCAUUGCCCGUGCCCAGCGCAUUGAGUUUGACUGCGAGUUGAUCCCAAGACGGGUGGCCAUUUUCAUUGAGAAGACCAAGGACGGCCAGGUUCUUCCUGUGCCCAAUGUCGUAGCUCGGGAUGUAGCAUGCGGGGGCAAUCACACACUGGUGCUGGAUUCCCAAAAGCGUGUGUUUUCUUGGGGAUUUGGAGGAUACGGGCGACUAGGCCACACAGAACAGAAAGAUGAAAUGGUCCCACGGUUAGUCAAGCUCUUUGACUUUCCUGGCCGUGGAGCAACCCAAAUAUAUUCUGGCUACCAGUGUUCCUUUGCAGUGGGAGAAACAGGAGGUUUGUUUUUCUGGGGAGUGACAAAUACUUCUCGUGAAUCCACCAUGUACCCCAAAGCUGUGCAGGACCUGUGUGGAUGGAAGAUACGCAGUCUGGCCUGUGGGAAGAGCAGUAUUAUCAUAGCAGCUGAUGAUAGCACCAUUAGCUGGGGACCAUCUCCUACAUUUGGAGAGCUGGGCUAUGGUGACCACAAACCCAAGUCGUCCACCACUGCUCAGGAGGUUAAAACUCUGGAUGGGGUGUACUCCGAGCAGGUGGCAAUGGGCUAUUCGCAUUCCCUGAUUAUUGCUCGCCAAGACACGGAGCAGGAGAUGGAAAAGCUCAAGAAGCUGCCUGAAUACAACCCACGCACACUCUGAUUGGAUACAAUCUGUUAAUUGUUCAAAUUUUCUCCAGGGCUUUUUAAAAUGAAAUGCCUCAUCUGGGUUUUCACAGUUCGGUUGGGAUAGGAUUUUGUUAUUUUAAGGCAUCAAAUUUAAUUUUGAAAGACGAGCCACGUCGGAUUGAAGUAUGAAAGGAAUUCCACUGGAUCCAUCCCUUUUACUUCUACAUUCCUAGGGUUUUUUUUUUUUUCAUAACAAUGACUGUGAGAUCCUGGUCUUUUCUCUUCCAAAAACUGGUGCUAAAUCAUUCUAAUGUUGACUAUCAAUGGGCUCAUUGUUCACUAAAAAGAUAAACUCACUUCAUUCUUGUGCCUUUUAUGUGAGGUGAUUCAGAUGACAGCUCUUCACGUGUAUUAUGAGGCACUUCACCUUUUUAAACAUCACUUUCAUUAUUUCCAGCUCUACACUAUUGUCAUACUUAAGAACAACUUUUUCCUGAAGUUGAAAGAACAUGUCAUCUGUAAGAUUUUUAGUUGUAUUUUUUUCAAUCUAAUCAGGGAAGUAUUUUUAAAUUUUGCGAUGCAAAUGAGACCUCAUCUGAGAUUUUUUUUUUUUUACAUAUUAAGAGCAGUGCUCUCUUUUCUCGAAAUGAAAAGCAUUACAUAUUGCAUCAUCUUCAUGCCCUUGCCUUUUAUAGUAUUGUGAAAUACAGUUCUCACGUGUUGAUGUUAGCAUGAUGUGGAAAUAAUGGACUUGAUGUUGAGAAGUGUACGAUUGUCCCAUCAACUGGGACCACAAUGAUCUUUACAGAGUAUGCAUAAUUUCAUUCAAAAUGUUGAGUACUGUGCUGCCACUAUGUGUUCACAUGGGCUUAAACUGUGAGCACAUUGUUACAUUUGUUGUCUUUCAUAAGCUGUACUCAAGUCCAUCCACAGUUUGUGUGCAAGCAACAAGCGUGUGUGUUUUAUGUUGUAUGAAAUCAAGAGUUUUAAAUUUUGUGUUCUUGAAAUAAGUUCAUUUGUUUUGGUAGUGAAUGUCCAGAAACUGGAAUUCCAACUCCUAUUUUGAUUUAAAAAAAAAAAAAAAUGUUUCCCCUUAAUAUUAAAUAAAGGUUCAUGUAAGUUGGUA